AUGUUGGUAAGUUGAACAGACUUUGCUCUCAAGUUACAAAUCAAAGAAACCUGUUAAAACGUUUAAGUUGUAGCUGUUUUUUAGAAUGUUAUGGUAUUUUACAAUUUUAAUCAAUUAAACUUUGACUUUUUCUUAAAAAAUUGAAAUUUUGAGAAUUUAGAGUUUCAAAGUCUCAAUAAACGAUGGCGGAUUGUUCGAAAAAGUGUUUUUGGUGCUCCAUCCCUUCAUCCAGCUUCUCAAACUCCUCAAACACUUUGUGGUCACAUCUACUCCUUCAGUGCGUCUCCAGUUACUGUAUCUUCUACAGUUUGCUAUUAGUGAGUUCUUCGCCUUAAUAUGUCUAAUAGUUACCAUGGGCUUUCUACUCUGUGUUAGCGUUCUAUUUCUACCAUUGUUUCUGGGCAUAGUGAUUUCCAUCAUUUGGUGUUACUUAUCCUUGGAGAGUACCAUCGUAAGUAUGCAGAUGGUACAGAAGAUGUCGGGAAGAGUUUACAGUGGUAUUAUGGGUACAAAGGUGGUCAAAUGCUUUAGAAAUAUAUUCAAGAUAACGUUCAAAGUAAACGAAGAGAGCGGCGAUAGUGAGAGAGUGAACUCGGCAGGAGCUUUGCAAAAUAGAAGUAAGUAUAAUAUCAGUAAAGGCAGUCUAAUAUAAAGAAUAAAUGAAACAAUUUAAUAAUAAAAUUAAAAAAAUGAGUUAGAACUUGAGUGGGAAUAAAGGUUCUUUGCCUUUUUAAACUUCUGUUCUACUAUAAAAAACCAAGGAUAAGUACAAAAUAUACAUCACGAUAAUUUCAGACAUCAGCUGUACGAUAUGUAUGGAAGAAGUUAUUAUUAACAACCCAGUACGAUGCCAACAAUGUUCUCAAGUAGUCGGCUGUAAUGACUGUGUAUCGUUAUGGUUCCAUUCCAGCAACUUAUCAGCACAUUGUCCUUUAUGUCGAGGUCCUUGGUCCAAUUACAUUUCUUUUGUACCUAUAGUGUAAUGAAUUACAGUUUGGUGGACAUUAUGAUAAGACAAACAACGAUCUACAUAUUUAGUUUUGAACUUGCAAUAAAAACACUUCAUGACACAUUUUCUAGACGGAUUUUUGAUUUAUAAUUUUUCAGAAAUUGAAAAGUGGUUUUAUUGAAUUUUUUGUACAUUAUAAUAUAUACAUUAUAAUAUAGUUUACAAAAAUUUUUACAGUUUUUUUAAAAAAUGUUUUAUAUUGUCAGUCAUUAUGACAUAUUUUUUAGAGAAGAGUCGACGCCUAGUUUCGGCAAAGAAAUUGUUUUUUUUUUUGGUUAGCAUACCGUGGAAUUGUAUUGGAAUGUUAAAUUUAGGUGUUUAUUUGGAUUUAUAAAACAUUUCUUAAUGCUUUUGAAUAUAUCAAACUUUCAAGACCACAAUUUUAGAUUACGUACCAUGUGUAACAUCGGCUCAGACAAUCGACAUUUUUGAGCGACGUUGCUCACAUUUUCAGAUGUAAGAGCUACGACCUUUUACUUGUAAAUUCGAUCCGAUUUGCUCGUUGACUGACUUGUUUUGAGCGUCUUCUCCUCAAAAAAAAGGACAGAAUUAAGGACGCAUUUCUAUUGCUUCAAAACAACCGUGUUUGGUCAAUAGGGAGUCAAAGACGAGCAAAUGGACAUAGAAUACUAUGUUGAUCUUUUUUUCUUAUAAAAGUAUUGUUAUCUUAUUGAUUUUGAGGUUUUAUCUGCCUUUUUACGUGUAUUUUAUGGCAAAGAUGCGGUUUUGGACGAGAUUUAGAUGUUUUUGAGAAUUUUAGUUUUUGUUACCUAUAUUUGAAAAGUUUUUAUAAAGAUUUUUUUAGUUGGCUGUUCUUUCGUUGUUUUAUUACAACUUCUUUCUGAUCAUCUAUCGUUAUCCUUUUUAGAAAACGUAUACAAUACAACGUGAAGAUGUUACCUAAAAUUCUUCUGGAACGAAAACAACAACAAAUAAUGCAAAAGAUCGGGAGGACAUAUACCACUCAGAAUAAGGUAGCCAAACGCAAGAAACCGGAGAUGCCCAAAGAUUGGUAUAUGAUGCCGGAUUUAGAAGAAUCUACUAGACCUGCCGAAGAGAGUUACGAAGGUAACGUUUUUUAAAUGUUAUUGAAAUUUUGUAAAAGUUGGUAAUACAAACUCAGUAGGUCUUUCUAGAUAGUUUUAUAUUAGUUUUUUCAGAUUACUGCUAAAUGACUACUUAUUCAUUUAAUUUUAAUACAUUUGGCGGCUUUUUUAACUACUAUUGUCUCUCAUUGUAGGUACCGACUGUAUAAUUUGCUGCCGAAGUUUGUCAUCUCACAUACCAGCCCAAUGUAAAUUUUGCAAACAGAUAGUCGGUUGUGAAAGCUGCAUUUACAUAUGUUUUAAAAACGACCAAAGAUGCCCCUUUUGUAGACACAAAUGGGAACUCCUCUCGAAUUGCGUUACGUACUUAAUGUAA